GCCGACUCGCUUCACUCUCGUCAUUCGCUUCACUCUCUUCAUUCGCUUUACUGGCUUCAUUCAGCCUCACUAAUCCUCACUCGGACUUCACCAUGGUGUCAAUGGGACGGCAGAUGUUGGGCUUCACCCUCGGCAUCAUCGGCUUCCUGGGCUCCAUCAUCAUCUGCGCCCUGCCCAUGUGGAAGGUGACGGCCUUCAUCGGGGCCAACAUCGUGACGGCGCAGACGGUGUGGGAGGGCCUGUGGAUGAACUGCGUGAUGCAGAGCACGGGCCAGAUGCAGUGCAAGAUCUACGACUCUCUGCUGGCGCUGCCCCAGGACCUGCAGGCGGCCCGCGCCCUGGUGGUGGUCGCCAUCAUCGCCGCCGCCCUCGCCAUCAUCCUGGGCGUCAUCGGGGGCAAGUGCACCAACUUCGUGGAGGACAAGGACACCAAGAUCAAGGUGGCCAUCGCGGCGGGGGCCAUCUUCAUCUGCGCGGGGGUGCUGGUGCUGGUGCCCGUGUGCUGGUCGGCCAACACCAUCAUCCGGGACUUCUACAACCCCAUGCUCAUCAGCGCCCAGAAGAGGGAGCUGGGCGCGGCGCUGUACAUCGGCUGGGGCACGGCGGCGCUGCUGAUCCUGGGCGGGGCCCUGCUCUGCAGCACCUGUCCUCCCAAGGAGCAGGGCCCGGAGUACCCGGUCAAGUACUCCGACACCAAGUACUCGCCGGCCCGGUCGGCCGCCACCAGCCGGGCCUACGUCUGAGCGCCGCCCGCCCACAGAGACUUAAGUUAUUCUAAUGUUCCUGAAUGAGUUUCUGCCGCCCGAACUGGGUCAUGUGACCGAGCCAGACGAGGGGGGGCGUUCUUGAGAGACACUGAGGAUCCUUGGAUUGAGAGAACUGUGAUAACCGGGUCUGGAGGUGUUUUUAAAUCAAGCUGCUGUCACGCCUGAUUAUUCUCCGAGUGUCUGAACGUCUCAGCCGGGCUGCGAGGAUGUAAAUGUAGUGCUGCGCCCGUAUAUAGAUAUAUAUAUAUAUAUAUAUGUGUGUGUGUAUGUUGAUUUAUGUGAUUUAUAUGAAAUGUUUUCCUAUGUUUGUUCUGUGGUGGAAACCACAAAGAAAAUUAAUCAUUUGUAAUAAAACUCCUGAUAUUACACUGUCUUUGUA